UCACCGCGUCAGAGAGUCUGAGGCUCUGAGCCCGAGUAUUACCAGCUGUUUAACACGUCAGACUUGAAGCGCUUUCAUUCGGUCUGUCAAAAUGCUUGACCGAAGGUUCGUCGUAAAACUCUGCAGUUUUCUGCUCUUGGUAGGAAUUUUUUUGACACUUCCACAGUUUUGCCAUUCUCACUCUCACGACCAUCACGGGCAUUCACAUGAUCAUCAUGGACACUCGCACGAUCAUGUAGAAGAGCGGCCGUCAUUUAAGUAUUCCAAGGAAGCGAAUAUUCCGAAACCUCCUCCACCCCCAGCCAAGAAAAUAGAAAAGGAACAUCACCAUGGACAUUCGCACGAACAUCACGGACACUCACAUGAUCAUGAUGAACACUUACAUGAUCAUCAUCAUGACCAUCACACAGAAAAUGUUGAAGCUCCCAAAAGGACAACUGCUGCCUUAUGGACAGAAGCCAUCGGUUCCACUCUAAUCAUUAGUGUAGCACCGUUCAUUGUGCUUUUUUUCAUUCCCAUUGACAGCAGCCCUGAACGACAGCCCUUGUUAAAAGUUUUACUUAGCUUUGCUUCCGGUGGACUUCUUGGUGAUGCUUUCCUACAUUUGAUUCCGCAUGCCUUGAUGGCUCAUUCUGAAGAUGAGGAACCUCAUUCGCAUUCUCAUGGACAUUCUCAUGGAGAGGGUCAUUCUCAUGGGCACGACAUGACUGUUGGACUUUGGGUUCUCUGCGGCAUUAUUGCCUUCCUUGCUGUUGAAAAGUUUGUUAGAAUUCUUAAAGGUGGCCAUGGUCACAGCCACAGUCAUUCUGAACCCAAGAAGGAUAAAACAACUGAUGCAAAAGAUGCGAAAGACGGAAAAGCCAAAGAAAAGAAGGAAAAGAAAACCAAGGAGGUUGCCAAACCCUCUGGAGACAUCAAGGUAGCUGGAUAUUUGAACCUGGCUGCGGAUUUUACCCACAACUUCACUGAUGGCUUGGCUAUUGGUGCGUCAUUUUUGGCUGGAAGAAGUACAGGAAUCGUAACAACCGUAACAGUUUUGUUACACGAAGUUCCCCACGAAAUCGGGGAUUUCGCCAUUCUCAUUCAGUCAGGCUGUGAUCGCAAAAAAGCUAUCUUUUUGCAGCUUAUUACAGCUGUGGGAGCUCUUACUGGAUGUGCAGUUUCUUUAUUAGCAGAAGGAAUCGGUGCUGCUGCUACUGCCUGGAUCCUUCCGUUCACAGCCGGUGGAUUCAUUUACAUUGCCACCGUUUCUGUCAUUCCUGAGCUUUUAGAAAACAGCAAAUUCUCACAAACUUUAAUGGAAAUCGCUGCCUUGUUAGCUGGUGUCUAUAUGAUGGUUUUGAUAGCCGAAUAUGAAUGAAAAAUUGAGAUACAAAUUGUUUCUAUCUAAAUCCCAUCUGGCAGGGCUAGACGAUGGAUUUUUACUUUCAUUUCUACCACUUCGAACCCAUUGUCUAGCCUGCAUUAUCCCUUGUAAUUGUUUUGUCACCCGAGCAAGAUACUUAAUAAAGGUAUAAAAUAAAUUUCACGAUUCUAUUA